CACUUCCGCGGCCGGCGGUGAUUGGUUGUCAGUCAGGAAGUAGGCGCUGACAUCCGCAGUGAUGGACGUGUUGUGAGGAUUUACCGCAUAUACGGCUUUACUUCCGCCGGUAACAGCGCCCCCCGGUAUAACGGGGCAUAAGAAUUUUUACCGUUGACUUUGGAUGAAAGGUAUUGCAUCAUGGGAAACCAGCUAGCAGGAAUAGCUCCAGCUCAGAUCUUGUCAGUGGAUAGUUACUUCUCCGACAUUCAUGACUUUGAGUAUGACAAGAGCCUGGGAAGUACACGGUUCUUUAAAGUUGCUAGAGCAAAGCACAGAGAAGGCUUGGUUGUGGUCAAGGUCUUUGCGAUACAGGACCCGUCACUGCCCUUGACCAACUAUAAGCAGGAACUUGAAGAGUUAAAAAUCCGCCUGUGCUCUUCCCAGAACUGUCUCCCCUUUCAGAAGUUUACUCUGAAUGAAAAGGCCGCUUUGCUGUUCAGACAGUAUGUCAGGGAUAACCUGUAUGAUCGGAUCAGUACUCGCCCCUUUCUCAACAACAUUGAAAAACGGUGGAUUGCAUUUCAGAUCCUGACCGCCGUGGACCAGGCUCACAAGUCUGGAGUGUGUCACGGUGAUAUCAAGACAGAAAACAUCAUGGUGAGCAGCUGGAACUGGGUACUUCUUACAGACUUUGCAAGUUUCAAGCCAACCUAUGUGCCCGAAGAUAACCCAGCAGAUUUCAACUAUUUCUUUGACACCUCUAGAAGAAGAACUUGUUAUAUAGCCCCGGAAAGGUUUGUGGAUGGGAGCACUUUUUCCACAGAACUGGAGUCUCUCAAGGACCCAUCUACACCACUGGUGGAUCUCACCAAUAACAAUCAAAGGACCCGGGGGGACCUGAAGCGGGCAAUGGAUAUUUUCUCUGCAGGUUGUGUUAUAGCAGAACUAUUCACAGAGGGUGUGCCAUUGUUUGACUUGUCCCAGCUUUUAGCCUAUAAAAAAGGACAGUUUUCUCCAGAUCAAGUGCUGAGCAAAAUUGAAGACAGCUCCAUCAGGCUGUUAGUGACCCAGAUGAUUCGCCGUGAGCCUGAAAAGCGUCUGGCAGCAGAGGACUAUUUAAAGCAUCAGAGGGGCAAUGCUUUCCCUGAAAUAUUUUACACCUUUUUGCAGCCUUACAUGGCUCAGUUUGCUAAAGAAACCUUCAAUUCUGCAGAUGAACGCAUCCUUGUCAUCCGUAAGGAUAUAGAUAACAUCAUCCAUAAUGUAUGUGGAGAUGAUCAGAGUGAGAAGGCAGAGGCGGAGACUAAAGAGAACGGCUUACUCAUCCUGGUUUCAGUGAUCACUUCCUGUCUGCAGACUUUAAAGUACUGUGAUUCUAAGCUGGCGGCAUUGGAGCUUAUUCUCCACCUUGCCCCCCGCUUAAGUGUGGAAAUUUUACUUGACCGCAUCACGCCAUAUUUGCUGCACUUUAGUAAUGACACUGUGCCCAGAGUGAAAGCGGAAGCUGUGAGGACGCUGACUAAGGUGUUGGCCUUGGUCAAGGAAGUGCCGAGGAAUGACAUUAACAUUUACCCAGAAUACAUCUUGCCUGGAAUAGCACACCUGGCUCAAGAUGAGGCAACUAUUGUUAGACUGGCUUAUGCAGAGAACAUCGCAUUGUUGGCUGAGACAGCACUGAGGUUUUUAGAGCUGGUACAGCUGAAAAAUCUGAACAUGGAAAAUGAUCCAGGCAGUGAGGAGCUGGAUGAAGUUUCCCAUCCCAGUGCGAACUAUGACACAGAACUGCAAGCUUUACAUGAGAUGGUCCAGCAAAAGGUGGUGACGUUGCUGAGUGACCCAGAAAACAUAGUGAAACAGACAUUAAUGGAAAAUGGAAUAACCAGGCUUUGUGUGUUCUUCGGCCGGCAAAAAGCCAAUGAUGUUCUUCUUUCUCAUAUGAUCACUUUUCUGAAUGAUAAGAAUGACUGGCAUCUCCGAGGAGCUUUCUUUGACAGUAUUGUGGGUGUUGCUGCCUAUGUGGGGUGGCAGAGUUCUUCCAUCUUAAAACCACUUCUCCAGCAAGGACUGAGCGAUGUAGAGGAGUUUGUGAUAUUUAAAGCUCUUAAUGCCCUCACUUGUAUGUGUCAGCUGGGACUUCUUCAGAAACCCCACAUCUACGAAUUCUCUUGUGACAUUGCACCCUUCUUGUGUCAUCCCAACCUGUGGAUACGCUAUGGGGCGGUAGGCUUUAUCACUACAGUUGCUCAACAGCUAAACAUUGCUGAUGUGUAUUGUAAGUUAAUGCCGUAUCUACACCCAUUUAUUACCCAGCCUAUUAUUCAGAUAGACAAGGAAAUUGUCCUUCUGAGUGUGUUGAAGGAGCCUGUAAGUCGGUCAAUAUUUGACUAUGCUCUGCGAUCCAAGGACAUUGCCUGUCUCUUCAGACAUCUUCAGAUGCGUCAGAGAAAGAGAAAUGGUACUCUUCUUGAGUGCCCGCCUACUGAAGAUCCAGCUGUUGCACAACUCUUGAAGAAACUGCUGUCACAGGGAAUGACAGAAGAUGAGGAAGAUAAGCUUUUGGCACUUAAGGAUUUUAUGUUAAAGUCUAACAAAGCCAAGGCAAAUGUAGCAGAUCAGAGUCACCAUCAUGAGAGUUCUCUAAAAGGAGUCAUUGACCUCCAGACUUUGGGUCUCAGUGGAAGACAAUCUGAUCUUGUCAAAACAAAAAUGGACACAGAAGACAAGCGAACAAGAAAACAUGUUAAACAAGAUUCUAAUGUAAAUGAAGAGUGGAAGAGCAUGUUUGGGGCAAUGGAGCCAGCGAGUAUAGCCCAGACUGUACCAAGAACUCUGCCUCCUUCUGACCAGGAAGCCACAAAGCCUCUUCGCUCAGAGUCUUCUGCUGCCAUUAAUGCCCCUCUCUCCUCUUCACCACAGACAUCUGAAGGAGUAGGAAUCCAGUCAAGGAGACCCACAUUGCAGAUAUACACCAGCACAUCUCAGCCUUCAGCUUUACAAAUCCGCAUGACUACAUGCAAGAGUGAGCUUCAGCAGCUCAUACAGCAGAAGCGGGAGCAGUGCAAUGCAGAGAGGUUAGCAAAGUACAUGAUGGAGAGUGCUGAAUGGGAGAGUAAGCCGCCUCCAACAGGAUGGCACCCAAAAGGUUUGCUGGUGGCACAUUUACAUGAACACAAAGGUCCAGUAAACAGGAUCCGUGUCUCCGAUGAGCAUUCCAUUUUUGCCACUUGCUCAAAUGAUGGAACAGUUAAAGUCUGGAAUAGUCAAAAAAUGGAAGGAAAAACUACUACAACAAGGUCAAUACUGACAUAUUCUCGCAUUGGUGGGCAUGUUAAAACAUUGACAUUUUGCCAGGGAUCACAUUACUUAGCAGUGGCUUCAGACAAUGGCAAUGUACAACUUCUUGGUAUUGAAGCUUCUAAACCACCAAAAUCCCCAAAAAUUCACCCACUGCAAAGCAGGUGCUUGGAUCUACGGGAGGAUGGCUGUGUAGUAGAUAUGCAUCAGUUCAAUUCGGGAUCACAGUCUGUGCUUGCAUAUGCAACAGUCAAUGGAUCUUUAGUUGGUUGGGAUCUUAGAUCUUCUAGCAAUGCCUGGACACUGAAACAUGAUUUGCGAUUAGGGCUGAUAACUUCAUUUGCGGUGGAUAUCCAUCAAUGCUGGCUGUGUAUUGGAACCAGUAGUGGAACUAUGGCAUGCUGGGACAUGAGGUUCCAAUUGCCAAUAUCCAGCCAUACUCAUCCAGCUCGAGCAAGAAUUCGGCGUCUCCUAAUGCAUCCUCUGAGCAUGCAUACAAUGUAUCAGUCUUGGGUCAUAGCUGCUGUUCAAGGCAAUAAUGAAGUCUCUAUGUGGGACAUGGAGACUGGAGAUAGAAGAUUUACAUUAUGGGCCAGCAAUGCUCCUCCACUCUCAGAAAUGCAGCCUUCACCGCACAGUGUUCACGGAAUUUACUGCAGUCCAGCUGAUGGCAACCCUAUAUUAUUGACUGCAGGGUCUGACAUGAAAAUAAGAUUUUGGAACCUGGCCUGUCCAAAGAGAUCCUACAUAAUUGCAGGAAGCACCAACAAUCUGCCUCCCGUGUCUUAUUUCAGUAAGAUAAUUGAAGGCACAGAAGUUGUUCAGGAAAUUCAAAGUAAACAUACACUUGGGCCCAGUGAAGAUGCUCCACGAAGAGGACCUGAGUCAUUGCCAGCCGGACACCAUGACAUUAUUACAGACAUUGCCACCUUCCAGACAACACAAGGUUUUAUAGUUACUGCAUCUCGAGAUGGCAUUGUGAAAGUAUGGAAAUAGUUUUGUCGUAAAACUGGAAUAUCUGAAAGCAACACUGGUAGCAUACAGCAUCCGCUAUGGCUUCUCACAAUAGUACACGCAUGAUGUUACCUGCAUGGUUACUGGCCAAAUAAAAUAUUAGGCCAUUAUAAGAACAUCAUACUGCCGCUUUGACAUACAUUUGAUCUGAAGGCUCAUAAAAGCGCAAAAUAUUUGUGUUUUUUUUUCCUUUCUUUUGGAAAUGUUCUCUUAAUUAUUAAUCUGGAGAUGCAAAAAAACUUUUGUCUUAUUCCCAUGUGUACACCAAAUGUAAAUUGUGGAUACAUAAUAUUUAAAAUCUUUGUUAGUUUAUAUAGUAUUUUAAUAUCUUGUUUACAUGCACUUAUCCUAUUGUAUGGGUAUUGCACUACUGUUCACAUACUGCUAUUAAUAAAAAAAAAAAUGGAAAAGAAAAACUACCCUAAUG